UCUCCGCGUGGCCCCGCCCUCCCCCUCUCUCGAUGCUGCAGGCGCCACCAUGGCGGAGGGCGGCUCUCCGGACCUGGAGGCGCAGAAGAACGAGAUCGCGACUCUCAUCAAGACCCCGCUCAAGAAGGGUGACACCUGGUACCUCAUCGACAGCCGAUGGUUCAAACUAUGGAAGAAGUUUGUGAGGUUCGACAGCUGGGACAUGCACCAGAUGGGGCAACAGAGCCUGCCUGGACCCGUAGACAACUCUGGCCUAUUUAAAGAGACCGAGGAGCAGACCCUGAAAGAAAACCUCAUUGACGAGCUGGACUAUGUGCUGGUGCCCACCGAGGCAUGGAACAAGCUGGUCAGUUGGUAUGGCUGCAUGGAGGGACAAAAACCCAUUGCACGCAAGGUGGUGGAACACGGCAUGUUUGUGAAGCACUGCAAGGUGGAGGUGUACUUGACGGAGCUGAAGCUAUGUGAAAAUGGGGACGUGGAAAACAGCUUCACACGGCAUUUCAGCAAGGCCGACACGAUCGACACGAUUGAGAAGGAGAUGAAGAAGCUGUUUGAAAUACCCGAGGACAAGGAAACGCGGCUGUGGAACAAGUAUACAUCCAACACGUACGAGCCUCUCAACAAACUGGACAGCAGCAUUCAGGACGCGGGCCUGUGCCAGGGGCAGGUGCUCAUUAUCGAACAAAAAAAUGAAGAUGGAACGUGGCCACGGCAGUUUAUCUCAAACAAAGCCAGCAGCGGCACAAGUGGCAGCUUCCCCACCUCCCCAGGCCUCUCUUCUGCUUCCUCUUCUCUUGCCAUUGGCUCCAGCACCUAUUCUUCUGGCUACGGCCGAACCUCCAGCAGUGGCUACAACAGCUACGGCUACAGCUCCUACGACUACAGGGAGCCCGGCCGCGGGACCUCGCAGCCCGGACUCUGCGGACUCAGCAACUUGGGCAACACCUGCUUCAUGAACUCCGCCAUACAGUGCCUAAGCAACACCCCGCCGCUGACCGAGUACUUCGUCAACAACAAGUACGUGAGCGAGCUGAACAAUGAGAAUCCGCUGGGCAUGAAGGGGGAGAUCGCCAAGGCGUACGCCGACCUCACCAAGCAGAUCUGGUCCGGCCGCUACAGCUACGUCACCCCGCGCGCCUUCAAGACGCAGGUGGGGAGGUUUGCGCCGCAGUUCUCGGGCUACCAGCAGCAGGACUCGCAGGAGCUGCUCGCCUUCCUGCUGGACGGCCUGCACGAGGACCUCAACCGCAUCCUCAACAAGCCCUACGUGGAGCUCAAGGACGCGGAGGGGAGGCCCGACGAGGUGGUGGCGCGCGAGGCCUGGGAGAACCACCAGAAGAGGAACAAUUCCAUCAUUGUGGACAUCUUCCACGGCCUCUUCAAGUCCACGCUCGUUUGCCCCGAGUGCUCAAAGGUGUCCGUGACCUUCGACCCGUUCUGCUACCUCACCCUUCCGCUACCCAUGAAGAAGGAGAGGAACAUGGAGGUGUUCCUGAUAUGCAUGGACCCGCGGUCAAAACCCACGCAGUACAAAGUGACCGUGCCCAAGUCGGGUCAGAUUUCCGACCUGUGCGUGGCCCUCUCCAAGCUCUCCGGUGUCCCCGCGCACAAGAUGGUCGUGGCAGAUGUUUACAACCACAGGUUUCACAAGAUCUUCCAAAUGGACGAGAAGCUAAACAACAUUCUCGAGAGAGACGACAUAUUUGUGUACGAGGUGGCGGGCGGCAAGCAGGACGACCCCGAGCAGGUGGUGCUGCCAGUCUACCACCGCGAGAAGCGCAUCCGUCACAACAGCUACAACUGCAACCUCGUGUCCACGGGCAUGCUCUUCGGGCAGCCGCUCUUCAUCUCCGUGCCGCGGAGCUCCACCACGUGCCGCCGCCUCUACCACAUGCUGCUGGACCACAUGGCGAGGUACGUGAACAGGCCCAGUGACGACGAGGAAGAUGACGAGGAUCACUACGACCGGCCGCUUUACGUCGACCAGAAUAACGCCAACAACAUGCGCUAUUCUCGUCAAAACGGAGAGGUGGACAUGGAGGAGGAGGAGUCGAGCAUGGACCGCGAGCUGCCCUCGGAGAACGAGGACAGCCAAUCGGACGAGUCGGCCGACAACGAGGAGGAGACCGAGCGCUGCCGCACAGCGCCGGCCAACGACAACGUGGCGGUGAAGCAGCAGCAGCAGCAGCAGCAGCAGAAGCAGCAGCAGCAGCAGCAGCAGCAGGCGUUCCGCUCGCCACGCCGCCGGCCCCUCUUCACCUUCCACGUCGUCAACGCCUACGGCAACAGCGAAGUCAACACCAUCCUGGACGACGGGCGGCCCAUCAAGCUCGUCAAUCAGCCGUACAUUGCGUUAGACUGGGAUCCUGAGCUCAAGAGACGCUACUACGACGAAAAAGCUGCCGAGGACUUUGAGCGCCACGAGAGCAUGCAGUCCCAGCCGACGAGGAAGCACUCGGUGCGCCUGCGCGACUGCAUCGAGCUCUUCACCACCAAGGAGCGGCUGGGCGUGGAUGACCCGUGGUACUGCCCCUCCUGCAAGCGGCACCAGCAGGCCACCAAGAAGUUCGACCUGUGGUCGCUGCCACACAUCCUCGUGGUGCAUCUCAAGAGGUUCUCCUACAGCCGAUACCUACGCGACAAGUUGGACACGCUCGUCGACUUUCCGUUCAGGAAUCUGGACAUGUCAGAGUUUGUCAUUAACCCGAACCCGGGCCCCUGCAAAUAUGACCUCAUCGCUGUCUCUAAUCACUACGGAGGAAUGGGGGGCGGCCACUACACGGCGUUUGCCAAGAACAAGGAUGACGGCUACUGGUACUACUUCGAUGACAGUAGCGUGUCGCCGGCCACCGAGGACCAGAUCGUGUCGAAGGCGGCCUACGUGCUCUUCUACCAACGGCAAGACGCGGCGGGCAAAGCGCACGGAGCGGGGGCGGCGCGUGGAGCCGCGGCGAUGGCGGCGCCGCCAUCGCCGUCCCCACGGGGCUCCCCCUGCGCCACCACCGUAGCCUCCGCCGCCUCCGCCGCCACCACCGCCUCCUCCUCCACCGCCGCCACCGCCUCGUCGUCGUCGUCGUGCGCCGCCCCGGCCUCCGCCCAGCGCCGCGACGACGAAGAGGAGGACGAGGAGGAGGAGGAGGAGGAGGAGGACGAGUGCCUGGACAACGGCGCCGUGAGCAGUGCCGAGGAGGACUCCAUGGACACAAACUAAGCUCCUCGACCCCGCUGCGCCCGCUCCUUCCUCCUCCACGCUCGUUCCUGACCGCGCCAGUCCCAUCGAACGGGCCGGCCGGCCCUUGAAAAUGCAAAACCGAAAACACGAUGGGGACGUCGGCGCGGUGGGGGGGGGGGGGGUGG